GGCAGUGGACGGAGGUAGACGAGGAUAUAAAAUGGCAGAAUCAUCAUUGCCCAUUUGCAUACAGAUUGCAGCACAUUAUCACCAGUCAAGAUGAUUUCCAAAUCCACUCCCUCCUUUCAGCAUAUCACCGUCAAGGAACUCCACCCCACCUUUGCUGCCGAAAUACACGGAGUCGACUUCAAUGCAAUCAACGAUGAAGUUUUUGCAGAGAUACUCGAUGCAGUGACCAAGUACGGUGUUGUCGUCUUCCGUCGCACGAAUCUCAACGAUGACAGCCAUGUUGCCUUUGCGAGACUAUUUGGAGAACUGGACGACGUCAAGCCGUACAACAAAGCGGGACGAAAGAAUCGCCUCAAAUACGAUGAACUGUUCGAUGUCAGCAAUGUCGAUGUCAAUGGAGCCAUUCUCGACCCCGACAGUCCCAGAGGACAGGCCAGCAAAGCCAACGAUCUGUUCCACGUCGACUCGAGCUUCAACCCCCGCCGGGCAGGAUACUCGCUGUUGCUGUGCCAUGACCUGCCUCCACCGGGAAUGGGAGGCCAUACUGCCUUUGCCGACACUCGGACUGCAUUUGAUGAUCUCCCAGACGAUCUGAAGCAAACCAUGCUAAGCAAGGAUUACAUUGCUGCCCAUUCCAUUCUUCAUUCUCGCAAAGUAGCGGCACCCGACUUCUUCGCUGACAUCAAUCCGCUGGACUUUCCAAUGGGCCGCCAUCGACUUGUUCAAAUGCAUGAGGCAUCUGGCAGGAUGAAUCUGUACAUUGCCGCGCAUGUCCAUCACAUCGAGGGAAUGGAUUCAGACUCAUCGAGUGCUCUGUUCCAACGUCUCUACCAGCAUGCCACCCAGGACAAGUACACAGUGCAGAUUGAGUGGAACAACCCAAGGGACUUGGUCAUUUGGGACAACACAUGCACGAUGCAUCGCGCUGUUGGUGGCCCCUUUCUGCGCAAGUAUAAACGAGACAUGAGACGGGCUACCGUUCACGACUCGAGCUCUCAGGCAUGGGGACUGAACGAGCAUACGGACGAGAGACAGGGUCUGCCUUGAUCGUACUUGAAGACACUGCCUGUGAUGAAAUGGAGAUGCUAUCGAUCAUUAGGACUUUGAUUGAACUACACAGCUGUGUACAAGGUUAUAUUGAUGGAUAAGGGAAAGACUAGGUCUUCCUAACAACUAUUUAGUCAGGGUGUGUAUCUAAACUAUCUGCUAGGUGAAAUUAUAUAUGAAGUAUCAUGGAGUUCCUGAG